AUGGCGUCUUUGGCAAGUUGUGCCCUCGUCUUGUUCAAACAGAUGUACAACGUGGACCGAGCUUGUCUUUUUGUCAUCCCUUUAAUUCCUCCUAGUGCAGAUGUCAACAACACAGAUCACUCAGUGAACAUCAAUAGCACAGAAAUAACAAGAGUGACCCCAGGAGGAAUGACAACUUCAGAGAGAAUCUUUGAGACUACUCGGCUCUAUGAGACCUCAGCUGUCACCCACACUCCCUUGAAAUCCAAAACAUCUUUGGCUUUUGAGACCUUGGCACCAGCCAGAACUACCUACAAAGCUGAGAAGAGCAUUACAGAGUCUUUUCCCCCCAUGAAGACACUGAUAAUAAUGGAUGCCCUGGAUGAAACAGAGACCACAACCCUACUGGAGAGCACUAAUCCCACUGUAACAGUUGUCUCAGAGUCAGGGAUAGCUUUAGGUAAGACUCACAGCCAAGCUGAAACCUUGAUGGUGGCUUCUUCUGCCACGGAAGCAGAGAUGGCCAUAAAGGAAACUCUUGUCCUAGAAGAAGUUUGGCUUGGAAUGAACACCCCCCACAAAGCAGACUGGAAACAAUUAAACAAGCCAGUGCUGUUAUCUCUUCCACCCCCCCAAAAUCAUGGAAAACAUGCACAUCACCACACGGGCCGCCAUGUCUACUUAGACUGGACUUUCCCAGAAAAUUAUAAGACUACCAUUAAGACUCCUAGUUUCACUGAGGGCAUGACCACAAUGGAGAUUUUAAAAGAAUCAGAGACCUCAAACCCUUUUACAACCAUUGAUCUUAAGGAGACCUCUGGGAUAAUUGUAUCCCCAGAAACAAACACUGCCAUCAUGGAAGAAGUAAUAUCCUGUACAAUUGUGGAUCUGUUUACUGAGACAGCAGACAUCAUAGAAAGAGAAGGAACUCUUAUCGAGACCACGACCCUCCCUGGGACCUUGGUUACAGUCAGUCCCAUCCCAGAAGCCACCAUAUUGACAACUAACCUCAUUGAUACCUUCCCUACAGCUGGCAAUACCCAAGAAAUAAGGACAGCUACUGCUACUACCUCAACCACCAUCUCUACCAACACCAAAGCAAAGACUUCAGCCCUUCAGACAGGUCCAUCUGCUGAGAUCUUAGAUGGCAACAACUCACAGCCAAACACCAGAGGUGAGGAGACAACCUCAACUGGUGACUUAAAAGAGACAAUCAGGACUGGAACCAAGACCACACUUCUCCUGGAGACCUCAAUGCCGAUCGACAGCUCUACAGAAGAAGGGAUGUUGUCCCUCUUCAAGACUAUUUUCUCUUCUGAGCCUUCAACUUCAUCUUCCUCUGCUGAAGAAGAGUCAAGUGCAGCUGUUGAGAUCUUGACAACAGCCAACAUGAUCACCAUGGCAGUACCAACCACAGUUGAAACUCCUGAUUUUAUUGAGACCCUUGAUACCACAAUUCACACUGUAGAAAGUACAACCAAAAUGGUAACUGACCCUUUGAAUACAAUCUAUUUUCCUAUCACAGAAGAAACCAUGGCUCCAAUUGAGACAACUGUCUUCACUGAGGUCCCAAGUACAGUUACCAUCUCCCCAGAGGAAGGGUCAAAAAUAACCAAGUUUACUACCUCUGCUGAGUUUUCCAAUAAAGUCGAUAUGAUCACAGAAGGGACUACAGCCUCAGGAAUAAGUUCCUCCAUAGACAAGAUUUUAACCUCCAUCAAGACCCCAACAAUAAUCUCAGCAAGAGGAAAGCAAACAACUACAAUGAAUGCUACUACUGCUCUGAUGAGUCAAAACACCAAAGCUGAUCCCAAUCAGGAUGGAGGAAUUCUCCUUCUACGGCUUAUUGUGUCUUCUUCCCUGGACCUCACUGAUUUCAAGGUGGCAAAAGGACUCCUGAGCCAGGUAACCAGGACAUUGGGAGGCAGGUGGGAGUGGAUGGGAGGGGAGUAA